GGGCUGGGCGCCGGGGGACGUGGGCCCCACCUCCACAAGUUUUACUUUUUCAGCCGCCCGGUUUUGUCGUCUCCUCCGUCCUCUCCUCCUCCGGACCUCCCCUAUUACCCCCCUCCCCUCCCCUCCCCUCCCCUCUCCGCCUCCUCCCUGUUCCCUCCUCUGCCGAACACCACAGCUAGCGUGCGCGGGGGGGUGUGGUGCUCUCGCUCUGCUCUCGGCACGCCGCCUCCUGCCUCGCACACUCGCUCUCCCUCCCACUGUUCCCCGCUUGGUUGGGUUUGGUCUGAGGAGGAGCGAGGGAUUGGUGGCGUGGAUUCGGGGGGAGGGGAGGUGGGAGAUCGGCCGCCGGAGGAGGUAGCGGGGGUGAUCCUCGGGGGGAGGUUCUUGCGUCGGUCCGGCGGUAAUACGAGGGGACCCGCCCAUGGCGUGAGGAAAGGGCCUGGCUUUGGUUGCCCUCCCCGGAGAUCUUGCGGCUGCUGCUGUUUGCUGCUAGCUGAAGGCCGUUCGGUAGCCGAGCGGGCCGAGGGGGACGUCUCCCUCUCUCGACUCCCGCGGCGGCGCCGAAGACCGCCCCCGCCCCCGCCAUGGCCGGCAGCGACGAGGUCAACCACAACGAGUGCAAGAGGGUGGUGCCGCUCCACACAUGGGUGCUCAUCUCCAACUACAAGCUGUCGUACAACAUUCUGCGGCGGGCGGACGGGACGUUCGAGCGGGACCUCGGCGAGUACCUGGACCGGAGGGUGGCGGCGAACGCGCGGCCGCUGGAGGGCGUGUCGUCGUUCGACCACGUCAUUGACCAGGCGGUGGGGCUGGAGGUGCGAAUCUACAGGGCGGCGGCGGCCGGGGAUGAGGGGGCGGCGGCUGUCACCCUGCCCAUCCUGGAGUUCCUGACCGACGCGCCGGCGUCGGAGCCGUUCCCGGUCAUCAUAUUCUUCCACGGCGGCAGCUUCGUGCACUCGUCCGCCAGCUCGACCAUCUACGACAGCCUGUGCCGCCGGUUCGUGAAGCUGAGCAAGGGCGUCGUGGUGUCCGUCAACUACCGGCGCGCGCCGGAGCACCGCUACCCGUGCGCCUACGACGACGGGUGGACCGCCCUGCAGUGGGUCAUGGCGCAGCCGUUCAUGCGCAGCGGCGAGGACGCGCAGGCCCGCGUGUUCCUCUCCGGCGACAGCUCCGGCGGCAACAUCGCCCACCACGUCGCCGUCCGCGCCGCCGACGAGGGCGUCAAGAUAUGCGGCAACAUCCUUCUCAACGCCAUGUUCGGCGGCACCGAGCGCACCGAGUCGGAGCGGCGGCUCGACGGCAAGUACUUCGUUACGCUCCAGGACAGGGACUGGUACUGGAAGGCGUACCUGCCGGAGGACGCCGACCGGGACCAUCCGGCGUGCAACCCGUUCGGCCCGAACGGCCGGCGGCUCAAGGGUCUCCCCUUCACCAAGAGCCUCAUCAUCGUGUCCGGGCUGGACCUCACCUGCGACCGGCAGCUCGCCUACGCCGAGGCCCUCCGGGAGGACGGCCACGACGUCAAGGUCGUACAGUGCGAGAAGGCCACCGUCGGGUUCUACCUCUUGCCCAACAACGACCACUUCCACGAGGUCAUGGAGGAGAUCUCCGACUUCCUCAACGCUAACCUCUAGUACAUAUACAGCCCGCUGAUCAUCGUCGUCUCCGACACAAUACUCCUUAUAGGAAGAUGGUAAUUCAGCUUGACUUUCUUAUAGUACCUACUCCACCUCUUAUACUGCUGCUGCUGCUUGGGAUCGCAAUGUCGUCGUCUGUGGCGAAGGAGAAGCUCCAUGUUGUCUGAUCAGCUCUAAUCAAAAUGGUGACUCGGUUGCGUCGAGGAGGAAGAAGAAGAAAGAAGUCGUCGUCGUUGUCCUUGUUCCACUAAUCUUGUUCAUCCGCUGUAAGCUUUGGAUCGAUCUUUGAUCCGUGUUCAUGUUUUGCCUUGGGGUCGAGACAGGUGAGGGUAGUUUCAUGUCAUGCAAGCCUCCAUUAGUACUACCGCCGUGUGAUUUUGGUUUUGAUGGAGAGAAGCCUGUUGUUUUUAUCUCGCACUCCCAUCAUCUCCUCCUCCAUGUACUCCAAAGAGAAAAAAAGUUCCCAUCUAACGUUAUGUGUACAGUGAUCGAUCAACAAGGAGAUUGAGGAGGCCGCCCUUUUGUUUC